AUGAAUGAAGUCGAUUUUUACAAACAACAGUUUGGUCUUGGUGGUGAAUUUAGGCUGAAAAUGUCAAUCGCUCUAGAAAUAGCUUUCGAAAGUCUAAAAGGACGUUUGAGAACUUUACAAAUGGCUGCUAAAGCAACGAGCGCAUGGGCUGCUUCAGAAAUUUUAGAGAAAUUCACAACAGACUGGAUUGAGCUACAGAAAGGCAUUGUGACUGGAUGUACCAUCUCUGUUAUACUGUUUGUGAUGGGCAUGAACAUCAUCAUCAAGGCAGCAGAGGUGGAAACACGAGGCCCAAAGACCAACUCUGGUAUCCGCCUACCAUCCAACCGUGGGUUUAUGGACGACAUGACCGUCACGACGGAAACUCACAUCCAAGCACGAUGGGUACUCACGGCACUAGAGGAAACAGCGACAUGGGCCCGAAUGCAGUUCAAGCCAGCCAAGUCACGAAGCCUGGUGAUUAAGAAAGGAAAGGUCACGGAAAGAUUCAAGAUGACCAUACAGGGAGAGGACAUCCCAUCCCUGUCCAACAAUCCAGUCAAGUGCUUGGGAAAGUGGUUCGACACCUCACUAUCAGACAAGAGCAGUCAAGCCCGUCUUCAACAACAGGCGGAGGAGGGGUUGAGAAGAAUAGACAAUUGCGAUCUUCCGGGGAAAUUCAAGGCUUGGGUGUACCAACACAAUCUACUACCCAGACUCGUUUGGCCAAUGAUGGUUAACGAUAUUCCAACCAGUACAGUAGAGAAGCUGGAGCGGACUGUCAGCAAGCACCUAAGAAGAUGGUUAGGCCUGCCUCCAUCCUUCACAAACAUAGGUCUCUACAGCAAGACAGCAAAGCUACAGAUGCCCAUCAACUCUAUUGUAGAGGAAUUCAAAGUUGCUAAGACCAGACUUCUGCUAACGCUGAGAGAUUCCAAAGACGAGAAGAUCAGCGGCGCUGGCAUCGAGGUUAGGACUGGGCGAAAGUGGUCAGUGAGUCGUGCGGUGGAGCUUCCAGAGAGCAGUCUCAAGCACCAAGACAUUGUGGGUAUGACAAACAUAGGAAAAGAAGGACUAGGCACCAGGAAGCACCAAAGAUGGGAGACUUCAACACAGCAGGAAAGAAGAUCCGUAGUACAGACCGAGAUCAGGAAAGAAGCAGAGCAGGAAAGAAUGUCAAGGGCAGUCCAGCUAGGACCACAGGGAAACUGGACAAGAUGGCAGGUUCCAGAAAGGAAAUUAUCCUGGCAAGAAAUCUGGCAGUACGAGCCACUCAGACUGAGUUUCCUGCUUCGUUCUAUCUACGACAUGCUCCCAUCUCCUACCAAACUGUACCAGUGGAAGCUGAUGGACGACCCGGCAUGUCUAUUGUGUGGUUCACCAGGAUCACUCAAACAUGUACUCUCAUCAUGCCCCACAGCCCUAUCUCAGGGGCGCUACAGAUGGCGUCAUGACCAGGUCCUGUCUGAGGUAGCCCAUGUCCUUGUGACCGAAAGGAAGAAAGAGAGACCGAGGCCAAACCAGAACCGCUACAUCGGGUUCCUGAAGGAGGGAGAACAAGUACCCAAGUCAGCCCCAGCAUCGACCGGAAUCCUGAAUGAAUCCAGGUCAUGGGAAAUGAAGGCUGACCUAAAGGAACAACUACAGUUCCCCCAGGAAAUCGCCCAGACUACCCUCCGGCCAGACAUUGUUAUAUGGUCCAGGAAUCCUAAACGAGUGGUGCUGGUUGAGCUGACAGUCCCAUGGGAGGAACGCAUUGAAGAAUCCCACGAGCUCAAGAGGUCCAAGUACGAAGACUUGGCCCAAUCCUGCAAGUCCAACGGCUGGAACACUCAGGUCUUCCCGAUUGAGGUCGGAUGUCGUGGCUUCCCAUCACAAUCAGUGUGGAGGAUGCUCGGAGCAUUGGGCAUCAAAGGAGCGGCACGAAAGCGCACAGUCCAUGCUCUGGGGAGAACAGCCGAAAGAGCGUCCAGUUGGCUAUGGAUGCUCUCUAGCAAACAUGAAUGGCAGCCAAGGUAG